CGGCAUUACAUGUUUUGUAAACAUUGACAUCAUAAACACCAACACUACACUUUUUUUUAAAAUAAAUUUCAUUUUAGUACUUAAAAACAACGUAUGUUUAAACUAUCAUGUUUGACAUCAAUAAAUGACAAUUAUACUAUAUUUUAUAGAUAAUUACUAUUUUUUGUAAUUAUACAUUAAAAUAUGCUACCCAAUUUUCAUCCUGUUAUUCAGACUGUUUUAGGGACUUUUUUUACAUGGGGAUUGACUGCUAUUGGAUCGAGUCUAAUAUUAUUUUUUAGUGGUGCUCAAAGAAAAUUAUUAGAUGCCAGUUUAGGAUUUUCAAGUGGUGUUAUGAUUGCUGCAUCAUAUUGGUCAUUAUUGGCACCAGCCAUUGAACUGGCUGAACAAAAUCAUGCUUAUGGAAAUAAUGGAGAAUUUGCUUUUAUUCCAGCUUUAGUUGGUUUUAUUUUUGGUGCUCUUUUUGUUUUCAUAUCUGAUCUAGUGAUAUCAUCUUAUGAAAUGGACGUUCUCAAUAUUCUUAUGCCUGAAGCAAAACAAUGUAGCAAGUAUAAGCUUAAAUGUGAUGACUUAGAAAAAGUUACUGAUAGUAAUACUGAUAAUGAAAAAUUAAAGUCUUCGUCUUCUAUUGAAGGGGUAACUCGACAGCGUUAUUUAAAAAAUAAUGAAUUGUCAACAGAAACAGAAACAAAAUGCGAUUUAGAUGUAAAAAUGUGUAGCUGGAAACGUAUAUUAUUAUUGGUUAUAGCAAUUACUGUUCAUAAUAUUCCUGAAGGAUUAGCUGUUGGUAUAGCAUUUGGUGCAGUAAAUUCCUCCCCAUCAUCAACAUUCAAUAGCGCCAGGAACCUUGCCAUGGGAAUCGGCAUACAAAACUUUCCGGAAGGAUUGGCCGUUAGUCUUCCUUUGCAAGCGGCCGGAUGUUCCAAAUGGAAAAGCUUUUGGUACGGUCAACUUAGCGGAAUGGUCGAGCCCGUUGCAGGCCUACUGGGCAUAUUGGCCGUAUCCACAAUCCAACCUCUGCUGCCCUACGCACUGGCGUUCGCCGCGGGCGCCAUGAUCUACGUGGUCGUCAACGAUAUCAUACCCGAGUCAAAUUCCAGCGGCAAUGGAAAGUUGGCCAGUUGGUGUUGCGUCGUGGGUUUUGUCGUUAUGAUGUCACUGGACGUGGGACUCGGUUGACGACGUCAGGGGGUGUAUCAAGUCAAAGAUUUUUUUCUACGUUAAACAUUUUUUUUUUUAGUGUUUUAUUUAUACAUAGAUACAACUUUGUAUGUACCAUUAUUAUUAUUUGACAAUAAAUCAUAUACAAUUAUACUAUAAAA